GGACAGUAAAUGAGGAAUUGCUUAAUGUCAGGCUGGUUAAGCUUGUUUUUUUGUUCCUGUUUUUAAGAAUCUUUGUGAAAUCGGGUUUGAUUUUAUUUGUUCUGUUUUUCAGACAUCUUUAGGAAGACUUUGCUAUUUAUACUUGAUUCCAGUAUGGCUCCUGUAAAAUACCCUGUCAACAUAAUUUUUCUACUAUGAAAAGGCAAAAUGUGGGGUGACCACAGCAAUCCGUUCACCACAAGACCUCAAACGGUUUUCCGCUGCUUCAGCUACACGGAUGUUGACAGAGAUGUCAGAAAGAAUGUGGGAAAACUAACUAAAACAUGUCAGUAGGCAUUUCAUUCCCCACCUGUUGAAACUUUAUCAGAAAUCCCACUAUUUUAAGAGCUCACUUGUGGAUUGGCUUUAGGAAAUUUUUUGAACACUAUUUCUGUUCUUUGAACUUUGUACAGUAUUUCAUUAAACACAAUGGCAACACAUGUGUUAGAUAAAAGUACAUCAAAGUGUAACUGAACGUGUCUUUUCAAAGUUAUUAUAAGAGAGAGUGGCUAUAUUAAACUGUGUUAUAUUAAACUUUCAAAUCUGAGGUAUGUGUUCAGUGUAGGAGUUGACGUUUUAUAUUUAACCUUAAAAUAAAAUUAAAAAAUCUAUACAUUGUACAUUUAUUUGCCUAACAGUGAAUCAACCCUGACCUGAGAUGGGAAAACAUACAGUAUCUCCAGUAUUGUGACAUAUUUGGUUUCUUUCAGUUUUAAUAUAGACACUUUUUUCAGGAAGUUCCAGCUUCCCUUUUGUCGAUGCCGUAAGACAGUCAAUGAGGAAAUGUUUAUUUGUGUUUAGUUACACUUCCAGCACAUUCCAUGUUUAUGUAUAACGAAGGAUGAAGUGCAUCUUCAGUCUAAGGUGACCUCAGUGUGAAUACUCCUCCGAGCCGAAGCUGCGCUGGACCGUCGGUGCGUGGAAACUCCGUCAGGAACCACAACUUACAGAAGCGGGCUGCAGUCCAGAGGUUCCCUGCGGCGACAGACAUGAACCUGCCGUCCAGAGAGGAGUGUGAAGGGUGGGACCAGGUGAAAGUGGCCCUGUUUAUGUGCAAGAAUAACAUGCAAGACUGUGCUGCAACUGUGACCAGAUUAAAAAUUGAUGGACUCAAACUUCUGAAUCUGACCGAGAGUGACUUCAGGAAGUUCAGCCUUCUUCAGCAGCCGCAACUUCAGAAAAUGGUUCAAGACAUCAAGAAAAACGAUGGCAGUCUGCUGAAUAAAAUCAGAAGACUGAAAACCAAACCACGUCCGAACGUUCCUGCCAGAGACUACAGAGGCUUUGAAGAAAAUGAUCAAUGCUCUGAUCCGGAAUAUAACGACCCAUGCGACGACACACCUGACGAUUAUAACUAUGAGCCUCCUCCAAUCCAGAGGGAGUUCACCAGAAGUCCCUUUGCUUCAUUGCCAAGGGGGGAGUAUAUUGAUUGCAAUGCCCGACCCAGCCGACCACCAGGGAAGCCUCUCCCCCCUGUAAAAAGCUUCAAACAGCUGCCUCCUGAACCCCCCCAUCCAGAUGAUGACUACAUCGACCCAGAUAGCCAAGCUGAUGAUGACUACGUAGAACCCACAGAAAAUUCAUCUCCAAAAGGUGGAAAACGAGCAGGAGGCGACUAUCCCACAUUGCCUCCAACUUUACCAGAGCGUCCAUCCAGUCCUGACGAUUUAUACGAAGAACCUGAAAAAGAGAAGGCAUAUACUCCUCCCCAGAAAAGCAGAUUUUGUCCACCGCCUUUAAAACAGUGUCCUUCUUUGCCUAAACCCAGCCCUAGGCUGAACAAGUGGGGAUCCACGCCUUCUGCCCAGCAACCCACAGACGACGACGAAUAUGAACUCUGUGAUCAAAAUGACAGUCCCAGUCUCAAACCUUCAGGAGCUCCUCCCCUUCCGCUUCCACCUAAACCUUUACCGCGAGAGAGGUCACCAAAACCGCCCGCACUGCCGAGACAAGAUUUGAAACCAAGACAAUUUGAAAGUGCCUCCCUGCCUGCGAUGCACACUGAGCAGAAGCCGCCCCCCAAAGCUUUCUCACUGGAUCUAAAACGACCAAAAAUCCCUCUGCCACAGUUGACACCACCCAAGCCCGCUGAGAGGGGAAGUGCCGCUGCGCCUGAAAACGCCUCAUCCGACCAAGACAGGGACGCGGACGUUCAUAACAAACCCUGGUUCGCCAGCGCGUGUGACCGCAAGGCCGCGGACGACGCCUUGAUGCAGUGCAACAAGGACGGCGCGUUCAUGGUGCGGAAGAGCUCCAGUCAGGACGUGCAGCAGCCCUACACGUUAGUGGUGUUUUACAACAGCAGGGUCUACAACAUCCCCAUCCGCUACAUGCCGAGCACGAGGCAGUACGCUCUGGGAAGAGAGAAGAAAGGAGAGGAGUACUUCAGCAGCGUCUCCCACAUCAUAGAGAACCACCAGAGGAAUCUGCUGGUGCUGAUCGACAGUCAGAGCAACACCAAAGACGUCACCAAGCUGAAUUUCCCUGUAAAGCCGUAGAUGACCCCGCCCCCACUAGUCGAAUGGUUGAUGCAGAACCUCUAAGGUUCACAAUCCGAGGCCCGUCUUCUGUCACUUUGGCGCAUUUCCCGCACCGCCUACAUUUAUGAAAAUGUGUCCAAGUAAGCCCGGAGUUGCAGGUGUUUAAAAUGCAGCUGGAUGGUGUUUACUGUCAAGAGCUUCCUGCGGGUUUCCACUGCAGAGGGGACAGGCCUUCAUCGGUGUUUAGGUGGGAGAAAGACUUUAAAGGAAUAUCCUGGAUCACUGUUCUUCUCACAGGUUAUGAGGAGCAGCGCUGCUCAUUUUCUCUUUGUCAGUUCUCAUAGUGUCCUGGCUUCAAAUGACAUUUCUGUUGGCUCCACCCAUCGUUGUCCUGUUGGGGACCGUUUUCAUUGGUGCUCUCAAAGAAACAGAUCAGGUCACUUCCACGCGUCACCGAGGGCGUUUGAGGUGUUUUUUUAAGCAUCUGUAGCUACACACAGAGCUCUCUUUGCUCACCAAAACACUCCUCGGGGAGACUUUCUUUGAUAUACUUGAUGAGUCGAUGCGUCUUUGUUUGUGGUUUUUGUUUCGGUUGUUCGCUCUUCCAUUAUAGAUCGUUGUUGUAAAGUGUGUACAGCCUGUUGCUCUUCUAGCCUCCACCUAUCAGUUCCUCAGCUGUGACCGGUCUCCUUGGUUUUUCUGAAUGAAAAAGAGCGGCACAGCAUGACAGUGCCACUACCGUGCUUCCCCUGAGAGUGUUUUAGAGGCGACAUUUGCGUCACCUAAAGAGAUUUCUUUGAUCAGACAUUUUCUUUCCUCUGCUUGACGACUCGCCUUUUAAAUAGCGGAUGUUCGUUCUUCUAUUAAAUAUCUUCUUUGUAAAAAUGGGCGUAGUAGUUUUGUAGAAACGCUGCACGACCUUUUCCCUAAAGAUUUGUUCUGCUGCUGUUUUCUUUUUCUCAUAUUGUGGUUGCUUUUGAUUUUCUCAGGUGUUAUUGACUGAGUUUUUAUGCACCCUCUUAUGUCUAAGUGCAUCACAAAGGGCACAACUCGUAAACAUUUCUUAGUUUAAGCUCCUCAACUUUUCAAAUUUCAAAUUUUUUUUCUUCAGAUGAUAUUGUUCUGGUUGUUAGAGUAGGAAACAUGUACCUUGAAAAUGCAUGGAUGGUAGCUGGAUCUGUGAUCCAGAAAUUAUAAUCCAACAUAAGGUAGAAGCUUUAUUCUUAAUGGUAGUGUGUUAAAGAACUUUUUUAGUUGUUUUUUUUUUUUUUUUUUUGGCUACAUUUAAUGAUCUGUAGCCCUUGGGUCGGUCUGGAUUAUCCUAAACUAAAUGUCUGUUCUUUAUAGCAUUUUGUGAACAUUGAUAUAUACAUUCUGGUUGUAAAAUGUCUUUUUUUUUUUUAAAUAAAACCAUUUUUGAUGCUU